AUGGCCAGCUAUUCGCCCCAGUACCCAGACACCUUCACCGACGCAGCCCUCCGGCAGUGGAUCAUCGACUUCUACUCCACAGUCGACACCGACGGCGCCGUCGAGUCCAUUGCCGACUUCCUCACCGAAGAUGCCUCUUUCACGCUGGGUUUGCAAGGAGCCACAGGACGACCGGAUAUCAUAAAACUGCUCCAGUCCAGCUGGGACUUUGUCCGUUCGCGCAGCCAUAACCUCGAGAAGGUCUUUCCCUUCGGCACCAAUUCCGACUCCUUCAUGAUGUAUGGUACUGUCACAUAUCGUCUCAAGGAUGGGCGCACUAUACCCAUUGAGUGGUCUGGUGUGUUGAAUAUGACUAAGGUGGAUGGGGCGUGGAAGAUGAGAUCGUACAAGGUGUAUUUUGCGGCGGACCCGGCUUUUUAGCAGUGGUAUUCCUAUAGAGAAAAUUGAAUGGACGGGAUGGAUAGGAUGAGAGGCAGUGAUGGUCAAUCAGAGUGUAUCAUAUUUUCAUGAUAAGUCAUUAU